GUCGGACCUAUUUGCAGACGGAACCGGAAAGUCAACGAAUCACAACUUCCACCCAUGUGUAUGAGGGAGAGGUUGCGGCGUUACUUUAUUACAUUGUAACAUUGUUUUAAUUAUUAGGUUUACUUUUAUUAAACAACAGUCGGACCUAAACCUGUAACCGCCGCGUCGACAAAAUGGCGGAGAUCGUUCAGCAGCGGAUCGAGGACAGAAUCCCGGAGCUGGAGCAGCUGGAGAGAGUGGGACUGUUCACCAAGAAAGAAGUCAAAUCAAUAAUCAAAAGAGUAACAGCCCUGGAAUACAAGCUCACGAGGCUGAUUGUGAACAAGGAGGACUUCAUCGCAUACAUUCAGUACGAAAUCAACCUCUUAGAGCUGAUCAAGAAGAGAAGAGCACACAUACACUACCAGUUCAAAAGAGAGGAGAUUGAGUACCCCAUCAUCCACAGAAUAAAUAGUACCUUCAGAAGAGCAACAAAUAAGUGGAAGGAUGAUGUGCAGCUGUGGCUCUCACAUGUUGCUUUCUGUAAAAAAUGGGCCACCAAAGGCCAGAUCAGCAAGGUGUUCUCAUCCAUGCUUGCGAUCCAUCCUGACAAGCCAGCCUUGUGGAUCAUGGCUGCCAAGAGUGAGCUGGAGGAUAGAAAUUCUUCAGAAAGUGCCAGACACCUGUUUCUGAGGUCGCUGCGUUUCCACCCAAAAAACCACAAAGUCUAUCAGGAGUACUUCCGUAUGGAGCUCCUGCAUAGCGAGAAACUGAGGAAGCAGCAGAAAGACCUGGAGAAGGCUGAGAUGGACCUGGGUGAAUAUGAAUUUUCUCCAGAGAUCUUAAGUGGAAAGCUAGCCGAGGUUGUGUACAGAAACGCUACAGGACAAAUCAAAGAAGCAGAAUUUGUCAUCUCACUUCUGAACAUAGCAGCUAUCUUUGACUUCACCAAAGAGCUCCAGGACUCCAUCCUGCAAGACUUACAGACCAACUACACAGAGGACAGCGUUACGUGGGAUUUCAUGGCUAAGAGGGAGCUGGAGGCUCCGGGGGCUGGAGAGGAGCUGCAGACUGCCAAAGGUCGAGCCUCAGACAUCAACCGCAGAGAGGAGCGCUGCUGCCAGGUCUAUGAGGAGGGAGUCAAAAGCCUCAACUCUGAGUCCAUGUGGACUUGCUAUGUUGCUUUCUGCUUGGAAAGGCUGAAGAGGAAGACCAACGUCCAGGAGCUGAAGGAAAAAAGGCAGGAGAGGCUGCUGGGAGUCCUGCAGCGUGCUCACGACUCCUCACUGCUAAAGGAGAAUUACUACAAGAACUGGUUGCAGAUUUUGCUCUCCUCUGGAGAUACAGAAGGAGCAGCCAGCGUUGCCAUGACAGCCACACAGCGCUACAGCCAAUCGGUGUCAAUGUGGAGUCUGAGUCUGCAGACGCUAAUGCAGCUGGGAAGUGGAGACAUCGGCAAGCAUUUCCAGGAUGCUCUCACAAACGUUAAUCCCAAGGAGAGUCUACCGCUGUGGCAGCUGCAGUUCCAGUGGAGCGCUGACAACCAGAGUCCUGAGGAGACUGAAGCCGUCUUUAAGAGAGGUCUACUGUCUGCAGUAGCGGCUGUUGCCAUGGAGACGAAAGAGAGCUACCUCGAUUGGUCGUACUCCACUGGAGGCUACAAGAAAGCCAGGAAGACCUUUACAAGCUUACAAGAAAACCGUCCCUUGUCCAAGGCCUUUUUCACCAGAAUGAUUCAAAUUGAGAAGGAACAAGAGACUCCAAAAAUGCACAAUCUGAGAGACUACUAUGAGAGGGUGCUGCAGGAGUUCGGGACCACAGAUGACGAUCUGUGGCUGCAGUACAUUCAGGAGGAACUGGGGCCCCUCGGCCAGCCAGAGAACUGUGGCAAGAUCCACUGGAGGGCCAUGAAGUUUCUGGAGGGGGAGAGCGUGGAAAGAUUCACCUCCAAAUACACUCUGCUUCAGACUGGGCACCUAUGAGUGGCCCUUUAAGACAAUAGAUGUUUAAGAUGCAGAAGCAGCACAUGCUGGUCCAGUAGAAGGCUGGUUCUCUACCUGCUCAUUGCCUUUAAAUGGAACCGUUUUGCAGUAUCUGAAGUUUGCAGUUCAUUUGGAAGAAGCCUCCUCUUAAAGGCUUCCAGCCGUGUUAGAAAAAAUAUUUUCAGAUUUGAUUGCAGCUGCAAUUUACAGUUUGUAUUUACUUUCAUUUUUCAUGUGCUAAAGUCUGUACAGUUUGCUAUUCAGACGGAUGUUCAAAACAUUUGAUACAGUCAGGAGGUCCAGUUUAAUUGAAUUCCACUUAUUUGGUAUUUGGAGAAGAUAAACUUUGAUGCUGUUAUAAUGAAAAUAAAACAGUCUCAUCACUCUUGA